AUGGAACAUGGAAACCAAACAUACAUUAAAGAUUUCAUCCUGGUUGGAUUUUCUCAUAAUUUUAUCAUUUGUAUCUUACUUUUUUCUAUGUUUUUUAUCAUUUAUAUUUUGACCAUUAUUGAAAAUGGUUUUCUGAUCUUCACCGUUAUCGUCAGUGCCAAGUUACACACUCCUAUGUAUUAUUUCCUCUGUAAUCUGUCUUUUCUGGAUUUGUGCUUCUCAUCCAGCACUGUUCCAAAAUUACUGAUUGAUAUAUUAUCGGAGAGAAGAAGGAUUUUGGUCAUUGGCUGCUUGACACAGAUGAACACAGUUCUGGUUCUAGGAGGGAUUGAGUGUUUAUUACUGGCGGUGAUGGCCUAUGACCGGUAUAUCGCUAUAUGCUCUCCCUUAUAUUACACCACCAUUAUGAGCUGGAGGGUCUGUAUAUACAUCACAGUCAUUAUUUGGUUAGCCUCUUUCGUGCUCUCAGUUGCCCCCACCAUGGUAAAACCUUUUGUGUUCUGCAAAGAAAACCAACUAAAUCAUUUUUUUUGUGAAGUUUUAGCAGUUUUGGAGUUAGCUUGCGGUGACAUCUCGUUUUAUAAAAUAGCUAUCGUUGUUAUAGGCUUAUUCACAUUAUUAUCACCACCUAUAUUUAUUCUGGUUUCUUAUAUUUGCAUUAUUCAUUCAAUAUUAAAAAUCCAUUCUGCGCAUGGUAGAUCUAAAGCCUUCUCCACCUGUAGCUCCCACCUCCUUGUGGUGUUUAUGUUCUUCGGGACAAGUUUGACCAUGUACAUGGGACAGGCACAUUUUUCGGCUUAUCUGAAAUAUAUUUCCCUGAAUUAUAUGGUUUUUACACCUGUAUUAAAUCCUAUGAUCUACAGCCUGAGGAAUAAUGAAGUGAAAGAAGGAUUUUGGAAAAUUGUAUCCAGACAUUCAGUAACACUCUCCAAGACGGCAUAG